UGCUGAUGUCCUGUCGGUCGCUUCGUAUUAAAAUCCUUUCGCCGCUUUCAGUUUUCAAUCGUGUGUAAUCAAAUCCGGGUGGAAAGAAACGAAAAAAAAUGGCAGGCGGAAUCACCGACAUUAAAAAGCUCGAGUACGACAUCUACAAGUACUCGAGCUACUCGUCAUCCUACCUGCCGGAGAACAUCCGCGAAGAUAACCCCACCAAUCAGACGUCUCGAUGGUCCUCGAACACAAACAGUCCGCCCCAGUUUCUGGUGCUGAAGCUGGAACGGCCCGCGAUCGUGACGAAGAUCAAGUUUGGCAAGUACGAAAAGACGCACGUUUGCAAUUUGCGCAAGUUCAAGAUCCUCGGCGGCCUCGAGGAAGAGCGGAUGGUGCUGCUGUUCGAGGGUGGCCUCAAGAAUGACUCGGUGCCGGAAACGUUCCCCCUCAAGCACCGCACCAACUCGGGCGAGCUGCUGCCGAUCAAGUUCAUCCAGAUCGUGCCGCUGCUGUCGUGGGGACCGAGUUUUAACUUUUGCAUCUGGUACGUGGAGCUGCUCGGCAUCGAGGACUCGAUCUUCAUCCUGUCCAACCUGCGCAAGUAUAACAUGCUGCGGGAGGUGGAGAUCGUGCGACUGUUUAUGAAGCACUGCCGCCAGCAGGGUUACGUGAAGGCGUUCAGCGCGCUGCAGGAGGAAACGGGUGUGAAGCUGGAGGACGACAAGAUGACCGAGCUGCACGAGAUUCUGGUCAACGGGGGGGAUUUCAAGCGGACCGAGCAGAUCCUGGUGGACUUUAUUGACAAUGGCCUCAUGGACGAUUACCUCUCGAGGCAGGAGUACAAACCGCAGUGGAGUUUACAGCUGACGCCGGAGCAGGAGCCGCGGCCGGGUCGACGGGGUGGCCACCAGCUGAUCAUCGAUCCGCUGACCAGCACGAUCUACCUGUACGGCGGUUGGGACGGCAGCGAGGACCUCAGCGAUCUGUGGUCGUACGACGUGCAAGCCAACCGGUGGACGCUGAUUCACGAAAAGUCCGAACUGCUGGACGGACCGACGCCGCGUGCCUGCCACAAGAUGGUGUACGACACGAAGAACUCGCAGAUAUUCAUGAUCGGACGGUACCUGGACGGGGCGUCGCGCACCGAGGAGAACAUCAACAGCGACUUUUACCUGUACAACACGGUCAGCAAAACGUGGUUCCUGAUCUGCCCGGACACGGCGCAGGUCGGCGGGCCGCAGCUCGUGUACGACCACCAGAUGUGCAUCGACGUGGACAAGCAGACGAUCUACGUGUUUGGCGGCCGGAUCCUGGAACCGAAAAACGAGGAGGAAACCACCGGCGACUACAAGUACUCGGGCCUGUUCUCGUACCACAUCAGCACCAACACGUGGAACCACAUCCUGGUCGACUGCGGCCACCAGUCCGCCGCUAGCCCGCACGUUCAGAGCAUCAAAUCGCGAGUCACGCACUCGAUGCUGUUCCAUCACAAACACCGCAAGCUGUACAUCUUUGGCGGCCAGCGCGGCAAGGACUACAUGACGGACUUCCUCAUCUACGACGUGGACGGCGCCGAGCUGACCAGCCUCAUUCCGGAGAACGUCGGUACGGACGCGGCGAAGAACGUGCCGCAGUCGGGAUUCACGCAGCGGGCGACGAUCGACUGCGACAAGGACGAAAUCUACGUGCUGACCAGCCUGAGCAAGGAGAAGGAACGCCGCGACCUGAACAUCAACUCGUUUUGGUUGUUUUCGCUGGCCAAACGGGAGUGGUGCUGCGUGUACAAGAGUGACCACUCGAUCGGCGAGAACUGCUACCUGAAGAACCAGAACGCGUGUCCGGAACCGUGCCCGCGGUACGCGCACCAGAUCGUCUACGAUGCCGCCCGGCAAGUUCACUUCCUGUUCGGCGGCAAUCCCGGCAUGAACUCGCACUUCCGACUGGACGACUUCUGGAUGCUGCGGCUCGAGAAACCCACCCGGGACAACAUCCUGCGCUACUGCAAGUACCUGCUCCGCAAGCAAGAGUACGAAGAGGUCGCCCGGGCGGAUCCGCUGGCCGCCAUCCGGUACCUGCAAACCAAACUGUACGACAUCAUCGACCACAACGACCCGGCCCAGCUCAAAGAGUUCCACAAACUGGCCUCGCUUCUGUUCAAAUCCAACGCCUCCACCGCAGACGGCGAAUCCGAACCCACCAGCCUGUUAACCUGCUCACUCAGCGGCGGUGGCCAAAAACACCCCAACGAGCACGACCCCAACGGAGACAACGCCAAAAUGAUGCGCGUCGAAUCGCCCAAAGCGGCCGACGACGCCGACGCGUCCAGCAUCAGCUCCCUCAGCAGCGAGUGCUCGCAAACGGCCCGCGCCAUUCCGUCGACCUCGGCCGCCACCUCACCGUCGUCAAUCUGCUCUUCCGCCUCCUCCUCCCGCAAAGCCAACGACCAGCUGUUUGAGCUUAAAAUUCGACGCUGCCUGCUGUACAACAAACUCGUGGACCUGCUCCCGGAGGGCCUCUGCCAGCCAAAGAAGAACAUCAGCGACUUUGUGCUGCUGUAAAAAUUCACCCUCGAAACGCUCGACCCAUCACGCUGAAUGAUUUUGCACCA